AUGGGUUGGUUUGAUGAUGAUUCCGAUCAGGCUCAGGCCUACGACCAGGUGACGAACCGUCCUCACGAAGCCAAAUGGUCUCACGAACUUAUCGGCGGUGCUGCUGCGUACGAAGCUGCCAAGGCAUACGAAGACCACGUCGCUCGCAAUGGCCACCCUGCUGAGCACGCCCAGGCCAAGGAGAUCCUUGCCGGUGUCAUUGGAGCCUUCGUUGACCGUGAGGUUGAAACUAAGGGCUUGGACUAUAUCGAUCGUGAGAAGGCCAAGCGCCACGCCCAGGAUCAAGCGGAGGAGAGACUCAGCAACGAGGGUCGAUGGUAA